GGUGAAUCAGGUGAUCACGCGACAGGCGUGUGACCAAUCAGCUGAUGAGUUCAAAGGUCAACCUCGUGCUAGUCAUGGCAUAUGUCCUGUUCUCGGCGAUGUCUGCUCUGUUCUGUGCCUUCCUGCUGCUGGUGACCUCACCGCCGACCUCUCACUCCAACGUUCAGACUGACAUGGAGAAACUGGACGCUGUCGGGAAGGCCCUCCAGGACGGAAGCCUGUCAGACCCAGAGUUGGAAAGCGGUCUGAAGUGCAGUCUGUGUGAGAUGGGCAUGAGGGUGGUGCAGGACUUGUUUGUUAAAAACAAGUCACAGGAUGAAAUUGCCUCUGUCAUCACCAAGCUGUGCAUCACGUUUAGAGUGGAAGACAAGACAGUAUGUACCUACAUCGUGAAGGAAUUCAAGCAUGAGAUCCUGACAGUGAUUGACAAGCUUGCGCUCAGUCCCAGUGAAGCGUGCGGGCUGAUUGUGAGUGACUGCGGCAGCCCGUAUGACCCGACUUCGUUCUGGAACAUCACCCUCCCCAACACUCCUAAACCUCCGGUCACUCCACCCAAGCCUCCCAAGCCCGGUGCCCCAGUCAGUCGAGUGCUGUUCCUGUCUGAUGUCCAUGUGGACCUGCUGUACAAGCCUGGAGCUAACACAGACUGUGGGGAGCCUCUGUGCUGUAGGGCAAACAGCCCGGCUGGCAAAGCAGGCCCCACGCCUGCAGGUAAGUGGGGAGACUACCGGUACUGUGACACUCCACUGUGGACCCUGGAGAACCUGCUACAACACCUCGCACAGGAACAGUCGCAGUUUGACUACGCAGUCUGGACAGGUGACGUCCCGCCACACGAUGUGUGGAACCAGUCCCGGUCUGACCAGCUACACGUCCUGGACACUGUGUCAGCCAUGAUGCUGAAAUACCUGCACAUCCCCAUCUACCCCGCACUGGGGAACCAUGAAAGUGCACCUGUCGACAGUUUCCCGCCACCAUUUAUAACCGGUAAAGACUCCAUCUCCUGGCUGUAUGACGCUCUGGCACAGACAUGGACACACUGGACACCCAUCGGGACAAAGACCAACAUUGAAAGAGGUGCGUUUUACUCUGUGCUGGUUCGCCCCGGCCUGAGGCUGAUCUCCAUCAACACAAACUACUGCAACACGCGGAACUGGUGGCUGCUGCUGAAUACCACAGAUCCCGCAGGCCAGCUGCAGUGGCUCGCAGGUCAGCUGCAGCAGGCAGAGGACAUGGGGGAAAAGGUACACAUCAUUGGACACAUCCCACCUGGUACAGGGGACUGUAUGAAGGCCUGGAGCUGGAACUACUACAAGAUUAUAGACAGGUAUGAAAGCACGGUGGCUGCCCAGUUCUUUGGACACACCCACCGUGACCACUUUGAGCUGUUCUACGACAUGAAGAACCGCACCAGACCCACCAACAUCGCGUACAUCGGGCCGAGCGUCACGCCGUACCAGUAUCUCAACCCCGGGUACAAGGUGUAUGAGAUAGAUGGGAACUAUACCGGCAGCUCCAUGCAGGUUGUGAACCAGCAGACUUACAUCAUGAACCUGACAGAUGCAAACCUCACCGACAAACCCAACUGGACACUGGAGUAUGACACUAAGGAGGCUUAUAACAUGCAGUCGCAGACCCCUGCAGACUGGGACAGGUUUGUGCAGCGCCUGGAAAAAGACGACAAACUCUUCCAGCUAUACUACAGGUAUUACUACAAGUCGAACCCGACCGAGUCAUGUGACCAGAAGUGCCGGGCCGCCCUGAUCUGUGACCUGAAGACAGGUCGCAGCAACGACCCCAGCAUGUGCCCUUUGACCUCCGAGGUCACGUGGCAUGACCUUCAGAACUACCGGACAGCCAACAGGCUCUGCUGAGUUUAAAAUUCUCAAGGACAAACUUUCCACAAUUUUUUUAAAUUUUAAAAUAAUAUUUUAAGUAGUGUCAUGUAGGAUUAUUUUUGACAAUUCUUCUGCUGUUAAGUACUUAGUCUAGUGCCUUAAAUUAAAACAUAUUGGAAAGAUUGUGUUACUAGACAAAAUGCAUAGUUUUAUAGAUUUUAGCAUCGUUUUUUUAGAAUAACAGCUAGAAACUGUGCAAUGAGUUUUUAAUUCCUUGUAAUGUCACACACUCCCAUCACCAGAUAUAUGCAAUG